CUGUCGCGGGAACUAGUAACGGAUCGUUUUAGUGAUUCGGUUCUUUAGAACUAACUGUGUAGAAAUAGAUCACUUCGAAAGAGUCGUUCAUUAAGUUGGAAUCGAAUCAAUGACGAAUCACUCAUCAUUAGCGAGAACAUGACCGGGUAUUCGAGUGCUCUUAUUUCGUAAAUCCGUGUUUAGUUGGUAUUUAAAGGCAGAUAGUCGGUAAUAUAUGAUAUGCUAUACCAUGGUUACGGAAUCACGAGAUGACUCUCAGUGAAACGAUUUGCACCUGGUCUUUUCGGAAGCAACGUGAGAGCCCGAUGUUGAUGUAACUGGCUCUGUGUGGAAAACGACCGCCACCGUGGAAGAAACCAGCAGCACAUGGCACCAGGCCUACACAAACUCGGGCUACAGCCCUGCUCUGACAUCACCCGAACACUUGUGCAGGGCCUGUGGAGGCCACUUGGACACGGCAAGCAGGAAUGUCUGUGUAGACUGCAAGAAGCACUUCUGCAGCCGCUGCUGGGUGCAGCCCGAGCUCGGGCCUGCGCUCUGCCAGACGUGUCGGCGCUUCGUCGGCACUCGUUUCGAACGGAGCCAGCUGAUGGGGCUGAAGGUAAAGGAGCUGCGCGACUACCUGCACCUGCAUGAUGUCCCCACUCACACAUGUCGUGAGAAGGAGGAGCUGGUCGAACUCGUGCUGGACCAAAACACGCCCAGCAGCAGCAGCAACAGCAGCAGUAGCAGCAGCACUAACGGUUGCAGCAACUCCGCCCCUCCACCCACCGCUCCAGACGUCUCGCAGUCCCACCAUCCUCCAUCCCAGGCAGCCGAGGAGCCAGAGACUCUCACAGAGGAGGAAGAGGAGGAAGAGGAAGGUGAAGAUGAGGAUGAGGACGAAGAGGAUGAUGACGAUGAUGAGUCGACAGACAGUGAGGAGACGUUGGUGCACAGUCGCAGGGCCUCUCUGUCUGACCUGAGUAGCGUGGAGGACAUCGAGGGUCUUACAGUGCGGCAGCUGAAGGAAAUUCUGGCACGCAAUUUUGUCAACUACCAGGGCUGCUGUGAGAAGUGGGAGCUGAUGGAUAGAGUUAGACGUCUCUUUAAUGACCAGAAAGACCUCCAUAACCUGGUUUCAAACACUAAAAAUGAAUCUGGCACAGCGGAACCGGCCGAGCCGAGCGGCCAGGAGGAGAACCUGUGUAAGAUCUGCAUGGACUCACCCAUCGACUGCGUGCUGCUGGAAUGUGGCCACAUGGUGACGUGUAGCAAGUGCGGCAAGCGCAUGAGCGAGUGUCCCAUCUGUAGACAGUACGUGGUGCGUGCCGUGCACGUCUUCCGGUCCUGAUGGAGGGCCGCCAAGAGCCAGAGGACCUGGAGAGCACUCCUUUAAUAUCCACACACAUUCCACGUACCGUUCCUGUAUGGAGGCCCUGAGAGAUGUGAGGCUCGGUCACCGUUCUGUUCGCUUCUUUUCCUACAAGACUUUUCUUUCUUUCUUUUUUUUUUUUCUUUGCUUAAUCUGGGGAUCGUGACACGUGUAUCCUUUUCCAGACCGUCCUCCAUUGCCAAUUUGCUGUGAUGUUUUGACUGUGAAUGGACAUGCUCGGUUUCAAAUACAGCUAACUCAUCAUAAAAUAACAUAUCCUGAAAUGUAUUAAGCUAGGUCAGAACGAGCGAGCUUACUUUAUCUAGCGAACAUAUCUCCACAAAUCUCAAACGCUGCUGAAUAAAUGAUAUCUUUUUCAGCUCCAGGGAAGAGAGGAAGAUGUAAGCUGCUCUCCGGCGAGUGCACGCGGUGACUGCUCGAGUUAGUCCUUUUUGUUUUCUCAUGGUUGCUUAUUAUGCCUUUGUUGUUUUUAUUGCACAUGGACACUGAGUGUCAUACAGGUUAAGAGCAUUUAUACCACAGCAUUGUUGGAUUCUGGUUUAAAAAACAUGUAAUUGGUGAGACGUUUAUCACUAUUAACACUAAUAGAAGGAGCCUCCAGUGUCAGCGCUUUGUAGCGUACGUUUUCCAUCAAGUCUUCAGAAUAGGAGAUUUCCUCUUCACGUUUUCUCUCUAACAACAGGCUAAAUUUUUUUAUUAACUUUAAGAAGAAGCUACAUAGGCGCAGGCGACGGAUUAACACUUUAAUAGCUGCUAUAAUCGCUUACAGAAUCGAACUUAUUAAAUGUAACUGUAAGCAGCGUGAUUGCUGUGGUAUAAGAGGAAUAGAACGCACUGUCGAUUAUUUUCCUAUAACAGCACACCUCAGUGUUUUAUUCCUUAUUUAGUUCGAUAACUGCAUGUCUUCUCAUGCCAUAAAUAGACUACUUUGUUUAAUACACUGUGGUUCGACAGCUUGGUAGUGUUUUUAAAGAGCCGUGGAGGUGGUGUGACCGUAGCUGCGUGCUAAAAACUUUUCAGCUUCAGAUGAAAAGCUAAUGUUUAGGCUGCAUGUGCAUGUCUAUAAUCAGGUGCUACUUUCACUUCCUUGCAUUACAAUACAGAUCUCAUGGGCCUUACCUGUGUGUGUUGUUUUCAUGUUAAAAUUCAUCGUACGUGAACGCCAUGAUGAAAUAUUAACAUUAUGAGUGUUAAGGAUUUGGAACAUUCCAACUUUGAUUGAAAAACAUGCUGGUCGGUGGAUUCUCUAUGCUAAAUUGCCCCUAGGUGUGGGCGAGUGAGCGUGCGAGUGAGCGAGCGUGUGAGAGUGUGUGUGUGAGAGUGAGUGAGUGUGUGAGUGAGUGUGUGAGUGAGUGUGUGAGUGUGAGUGUGUGAGUGAGUGUGUG